UACAAAUUCUCAAUAUUUUCUCAUCACCAAACAUUCUUUCUUAAAAUCCAUUGCUAUACGAAAGAAAAAAUAUGGGUUUGAAUGGCAAGUUGGUUGCUUCAAUGGAGGUUAAGUGUGGAGGGCACUUGUUUCAUGACCUUUAUCAAACUAGUUCUCAUCAUGUAUCCAACAUAAGUUCAGAUAAAGUCCAUCAUUUUGAUAUUCAUGAAGGUGAAGAUCUAAAAGCUGGUUCAGUAAUUGGCUGGAAAUAUACCCAUGAUGGAAAAGUUAAGGUUACUAAGCAACUGAUUGAAGCCGUUGAUGAUGAGAAGAAAUCAAUUACUUGGAAAGUGUUAGAGGGAGAUACGUUGGAAUUGUACAAUUCCUUCACUAUAAGUGCAUCCUUUGAAGGCAAUUGGGCCACAUGGACAUUUGUGUAUGAAAAGAAAACUGAAGACACACCAGAACCCAUCACUCUGCUGAGUCUUAUGAUCGAUAUUACUAGAGAUUUAGAAGGUCACCUCCACAAAAUUUAAAGGAUCAUUUUAAAGGGUCAUCGAAGUUCGAAAAUCUCUACCUCGAUGCAUCAAUUCCGAUCGUGAUAUCUGUUAACUUUCUUUGUGUGAUGGAUGAAUCUUAAAAAUGUUGGCUCGUCUUAAGCAUGUAAAAUAAAUAAUAUUGUAUUGUAUGGAAGUAUUUCUAAUUUUUAAUUAGGUCAAGAUAUUGUGGACUGUUUCAAGUUUUAAAUUUACCUAUAUGAAUGUAUUAAUGUGUGUUGUACUCAUUCCAGUUUGUAAUAAUAAAUAAAAAAAAUCGUAAU